AUCUACGAACAAUGGUAUAAGAUGGCGGCGACCAUUAGCAGAUGCAUGGUGUUCGCAACGUUGGGACAAAAUAAACAGUUCUUGGUUCGUCCAAGCCAGUUACGUUCAUCACGUUCUCUAAGGUCUCUAAGGAGAGUAGUGCAGCACGCCCAUGUAGAGGAUGUGCCACCUCCGAGUCCCAUACCAGAAAAGACCCUUGCCAAAAAAGUCACAAAAUCAUGUGCGGCCACGAAGACGGAAAAAAUAAAAUUUCACACGAAUGAGGACAACAAGUAUGAACGGUUGGCAUAUACAUUGACACCAUUAUGGAAGCACCCGUACGCACUACAGCUUCAUCUUAAAUUCAAAGACCUGUCGUUUACCAUGCGGAAGCUCGGGAAACUGAUGAAAGCAGCCAAGAUAGGUUUCCCAGAAGACCCUCAUGGUUUGCCCUGUCCACUGCGACCAGUUUUACCUUCUCCUAUAACAGAAGCAUACAGAAACAAGGAUGAAUUUUCUGUACGUCAGGGUCCUUCUGGUGAACCAAAAACUGUUGGAUUCAUCAUAGGAAGUCCAGCAGAUGGUGAAAAAGUGGUCUGUGUAAGCCCAGAACACCUAAUAAUAUGCAAGGCCAGCCACAAGAGAGUUGCCAAGGCAUUUCAAGAUUAUAUCCAGAGAUCUCCCUUACCUGGUUGCUAUGAAACUGGUUUUAAUGGAUACUGGAAGAAUAUUGUGGUCAGAUCAAACAGGAACGGUGACAUCAUGGCCAUAAUUAUCAUGCACCCACAGCAACUCAGUGAGGGAGAGCUCGAGGAAGAGAAAGGAAAGCUGAAGGACUUUUUCGUUCAUGGAAGUGGAAAAGAAUGUCAGAUCAAAUCACUAUACUUUCAAGCAUGCCCACACACAAGGUGCUCUCAUGAGCAGGCGCCAUUUCAACUUCUGCAUGGGGAGCCCUUUAUCGUUGAAGACAUAGCAGGGAUCAAGUUUCGGAUCUCUCCAGAGUCGUUCUUCCAAGUGAAUGCUGAAGUGGCGACGUACCUUUACGAUACCGUGCACCAGAUGCUGAACUGUACUCCAGACACAACGCUCCUAGACAUCUGCUGCGGUACUGGUACAAUAAGCUUGACACAGGCAAAGCAUCUCCAUUCUACUUUUGGAAUAGACGCAAGUGCACAAGCUGUGCAAGAUGCCACAUUUACAGCACAACUCAAUGGCAUCACAAAUGCAAAGUUUGCAGCUGGACGUGCAGAAGUGCUGAUCCCAAGCGUGAGAAAUGAGUUCUUCUGCGAAGAUAUCUGCGCUGUUAUGAAUCCAGGACGUGGGGGACUCCCUGUCAAAGCCAUCAGGGCACUACGUGAAUACCACCAAAUAAAACGACUUAUUUACAUAUCCUGCAAACCUGAUGGUGCGGCACUGGACAACUUCAUAGAGCUGUGCAAGAUAAGUCCAAAGUCCCGUGAAAUUGGGCCCCCGUUUAGACCCCUAGUUGCAUGUCCAGUCGACAUGUUUCCACACACAAGACACACAGAGCUGGUCAUGCUCUUUGGACGGUCUUGACUUUCGCACCUUUGAGUAAGUGCCAUACAUGGUGCUGGUACGUCAACUGAGUCGUCGUCGUUUUAAAUAUGUUGUACAGAAAUGCCUAUGGCUCACAAAUAAAAUGUUCACAGUUUUGUAGUA